AAUCCAGUUCUUCCAAAUCUGGUGUCAUGCACUCAAGCUUGCUCAUUUUUCAAUGACUUGGGGUUGUCUUAGCUCUUCUUGUUGGGGGGGUUGAAUGGGGUGUAUGUGUUCUCAGUUGGCUGCAAAGUUUGCUUUCUUUCCACCAUCUCCGCCCACGUAUCAGAUAAAGAAGCGUGACAAUGGGAAGCUCACUGUGGUUUCAUCUUCCUCCUCCUCUUCUUCUUCAGCGCUUGCUGGUGUUUCUGAUGAUCCUUCUUUGGAUGUGCUUUUGAUUGACACCAAACUUGGAAACAAGAUAGUUGGUUUUUAUUUGCGAAACCCAUACGCUCGCCUUACUGUGCUUUACUCUCAUGGCAAUGCCACUGACCUUGGCCAGCUCCAUGACCUCUUUGUCCAGCUCAAGGCCAACCUCAGAGUCAAUCUUAUGGGGUAUGACUAUUCUGGCUAUGGAGCAUCAACUGGUAAGCCAAGUGAAUCCAACACUUAUGCUGACAUAGAAGCUGUGUACCAAUGUCUUCAGACUGAGUAUGGAAUUAGCCAGGAAGACUUAAUUCUAUAUGGCCAAUCGGUCGGAAGUGGACCGACGUUACAUUUGGCAGCUAAACUUCCAAGGCUGAGAGGUGUAGUUCUGCAUAGCGGCAUUCUUUCCGGCCUUCGUGUGCUUUGCCAUGUUAAAUUUACAUUCUGCUACGACAUUUUCGAGAAUAUCAACAAAGUAAAAAAGGUGAAGUGCCCUGUGCUUGUAAUACAUGGCACAGAAGAUGAUGUUGUCAACUGGCUGCAUGGAAACGGACUGUGGAAAAAGGCAAGGGAACCGUAUGAGCCUUUGUGGGUGAAAGGGGGUGGUCACUGCAACUUAGAGCAAUACCCCGACUACAUACGUCAUCUUUACAAGUUCGUUUAUGAAAUGGAGAACAUGACAACGGAAAUUCGCCUUAAAAGUAUACGGCAGAGUUUGCGUCUACCAACAAGGUCAAAUACUAGUUCCUCGGUUACAAGUGACAGAUGCUGUGAGAUUAAAUCAUGCCAACCCAAAUGCCUCAGAUGUCCAAAGCCAAGAUGCAGUAGAUGUUGCUGGUGGCCUAAGUGCUGGCCACCGAGCUGUGUGAAAUGUUGCCGGAAACCGAAAUGCCUGUCCGGGUGUUGCUGCUGCUGCAUCAAAUAUUCAUGGGGGAGAUGUGUGGGUACACAUAGUAAUAAGAAUAAUGAGUUAAAUAGUAGAAAGACUAGAGGGCUAAUGUGAUUUGUACAGCCCUCUAAUCUAAUCUAGUGUACAA